AUGAUGCCCAGGCUUUCAGCCGCCUGUCUGGCCUUCGUCCUGCUUGUCAUGUGUCCAGUUCGCAUAUCGUCGCGCAGCUAUAGCAAUGGCCUAAUCUUCUAUGAACUGAGCUCGCACACACCUUACCUGCCACCCACAGUCAGCGUCUCGCGAGGACGCAAUCUGGCCAGUGUCAAGUACUCGGAGAAGGGUUCCAUCUGGUCGACCUUUGGACAGCCCUGCGAUUGCAAUGGUCCCAUGUGCUCGUGCUGUGCCGGCCUUAAGGUCGAUCAAUACGGAUUCGAUCAGAAAGUCUGUGCGAAUGUGAGCUUUGUGCCGCAACUGGAGGAGGCCCGUCUUGAGGUCUUUCUGAAUGACAAACCCUCCUCGAAAUAUGGGAUUUCAGUGCGAAAUCCGGCUCCCUUUUGCAUUCCCGUAAUGAUGGGUGUGCCCAUGGCCAUGUGUGUCCAAAUGACCGAUGUGGCUGUGGUGGGUAGCAACCUCAAUAUGUGCAUGGACUUUGUGGUCCGAAUGGCCACCACGGAUCUCUUUGAGAUGCAUUUCCAGUGCAUGCGGAUGGGGACUGAUGGUCUGCAAUAUGUGGAUAAGAAUGGAAAGCCAGUGUUGCCUCAGGGACAGCAGAGUGACGAUCCCGAGGAGUAUGCGGAGUAUGCAGAGCUAGAGGAUCAGCCGGAAUAUACCUCGCAGGAGGAGGACUAUCUAGCAAUCAAACCUGAGGAGCACCAACCUGAGAAGAGUCCAGCAGUGGUAGACGAACCUGUGGGUUAUCCACAGCUGCAACAUCCUGCACAGAUUAUUGAACAACUGAAGAAUCAUACUGAGAAGAUUCCAGCACAGAGCAUUGAUCAACUGCAGCAGGAUCAGGAACCAGUUGGCUAUCAGCCUCUGGUAAUUGUUGAGGAACUCCCAAUGGAACCACAAAAGUUGGAAGAUCAACGACCUCAGGAGGACCCGGAGGAUCCCGAGCCAUUGCCGAUCGAAAGUGAAAUGCUAAUGGCUGGCGAACAAAGUGAAGAUUCAGCUACUGAAGAUACAGAGGCUACAGAAGAAGCUACAGAAGACACCCAAGAGACAGAGGCACACACAGAGAAAGAGAAAGAGAAAGACCAGGAGAAAGAGAAAGAGAAAGAGGUGGGGACAGGGACAGAGUUAGGGGCGGAGGCACCUGACAAUGACCACGACAAUGACAACGAUAACGACAAUGGCAGCGAGAGUGGCUCCAAGCCUCAAGUAAUUGAAACAAUUACCAAUUCAAUAAAAGCCACUGAGGCUCCAACAACAACGACAGCAGGAGAGGAGGAGGAUACAGAGCCAGAGGCAGAGGCAGAGGCAGAGGAUGAUGAUGAAGGCGGAGAGACCACGACGCUGGCCGUUGAAAUGGAAAACGAUAGCGACAAUGAGAUAAAUGUGGAUGAUGAUAAUGAUGACUAUGAGGACAAACUCCAGGUGAAGGAACCCCCAAAGCAACAGGAUGACAAUCAAGAAGAAGACGAUGAAGAGGAGGCCGAAGAUGAUGGGGAGGAGGAUGACGAGGACGAAGAGGAGGAGUACGAAGGUGAGGAAGCGGCAGAAGAAACCGAGGAUGCGGCAUUGCCGGCAGUGAAAUCACAGCGUCGACAUCGUCGGCGGCACAACCGUUCCGCCCACCCACGGAGAUUGGGGAAACUCCACUAA